AUGGCUCUUACUGGGUUAGAUCUCCUUGACGAUGAUGGAACCAGUGGGUUGCUAGGAUACGCCUACGUGGGUACAGUAUGUGUAAACACUCAGUACAAGUACUCCAUCAACGAGUAUACGGGCUCCAACGUGGCGUGGGUGGCGUCACAUGAGCUGGGGCACGCACUGGGAUCUGAUCACGACCAGACCACCGCCUGUCCGGCCGGCAGGAACGUUAUGUCCGCCUACCUGUUCAAUCCUUCCGCCAAUACUGCGGACACAUACAGCAAGUUCUCCACCUGCAGCACAAGCCAGUUUAUCACUCAUUUGAACGGACGAACCGACUGCACAGCCAAUAAUGGGUUCACGGACGAGCAGUUCCAAGCCUCAUUUUGCAGGGGCCUGCUUGGUCAGCGAGACAGCAGCCUUAACUAUCAGUGUCAGCAGCGAACUGGCUUCGCCGGAAGUACCGUGUGCAGCGGGACAAUCAGCGGCGACGCGGGCUGUUAUGGCUUUGGUCAAGUUGCGUGUAGAGAUGCCAGCGGUGCGUGCAGCGUGAGACUCUCCUUUGUGUGGAACGGAACCCCAUGCGGUACUGGACAGAUGUGCUUUAAAGGACGAUGCGUUCCUAACUUUGAAAUCUGUACCUCUGUAACAACCGCUGCCCCAACAACCGCUGCUCCAACAACUGCUGCCCCUACAACUGCUGCUCCAACAACCGCUGCCCCAACAACCGCUGCUCCAACAACUGCUGCCCCUACAACUGCUGCUCCAACAACCGCUGCUCCAACAACUGCUGCCCCUACAACUGAUGCACCUACAACUGAUGCACCUACAACUGCUGCACCAACAACUGCUGCUCCAACAACUGCUGCUCCAACAACUGCUGCACCUACAACUGCUGCGCCAACAACUGCUGCACCUACAACUGCUGCACCAACAACUGAUGCACCUACAACCGAUGCUCCAACAACUGAUUUUCCAUGUAGCUGCUGUCGUCGCAGGAACAGAUAUUCGUUAAGUUGCUGCAUUCGAAAUCGCGUUUUUCGCCGCCGGAACUGCAGAUGCUGUCCAUUCACCUAUCGUUUUGGAGAACGACCAUCUUCUGAGUUUGGAGAGAAUUCAAACAGUCUGGAUGAUGAUGAUGAUCAAAGCUACAACUAAGAGAGCGAAGCAUACCCUCUAGAAAUUGACGACAAUACGUGAACGUUUAAUUACUACUUAAAGGGACUUUUCUCUCUGAAUCUUUCGUGCGUUUGAGUUUUACAUUAAAUAUUUUAAAUUGAUAUAUGCAAACAU